CUGCCCCCCUCCUCCGGCGAUCAGCACUCCGCGCGCCCUCCCAGCCGCCCUCCGGCUAUUCCCGGCUGCUCCGGCCGCUCAGGCGCUGCGGGGGCAGCCCGGCGCGGCGCGCUCAGGCGGUGCGUGAGGCAGCCGCGCGCCCGCGGCGCGGAAGGCCCCGUGGGCGGGAAGCGGCGGCACCAUGUCGGUGAGCGAGAUGUUCGCGGCGCUGCAGGGAGCGCUCGGCCAGGACCAGGACAUCCGAGAGGAGAUCCGGAAGGUGGUGCAGGCGCUGGAGCAGACGGCGCGGGAGAUGCUGACGCUGCUGCAGGGCGUGCACCAGGGGCCCGGCUUCCAGCACAUUCCAAAGAAAUGUCAGAAGGCUCGUGAGCACUUUGGUACAGUGAGGACACAGAUGGAGUCUCUGAAAACCAAGUUUCCUGCUGAUCAGUAUUACAGGUUUCAUGAGCACUGGAGGUUUGUGCUGCAGCGGCUGGUGUUCCUGGCAGCAUUUGUAGUCUACUUAGAGUCAGAGACAUUGGUGACCCGAGAAGCUGUUGCAGAAAUACUUGGGAUUGAAGCUGAUCGAGAACGGGGCUUUCACUUGGACAUUGAAGAUUAUCUUUCUGGUGUAUUAACUCUGGCCAGUGAGCUGGCCAGGCUGGCAGUGAACAGUGUCACAGCUGGGGACUAUUCUCGCCCUCUCCGCAUCUCAGCCUUCAUCAACGAGCUGGAUUCUGGCUUCCGCCUCCUCAACCUGAAGAACGACUCCCUGAGGAAACGCUACGACGGCCUCAAGUACGACGUCAAGAAAAUCGAGGAAGUGGUUUACGACCUGUCCAUCCGAGGACUCAGCAAGGAGGCAGCAGUUGGUGCAGGCGGGGAGAAGUGAAGGAUGCUCGUUUGAACAGCAUCAUCAAUUACCUCAGAUGGUUGCCAAUUUAGGAGGGACCUAGAGAAGCCUUCCUACAGUAGUUUAGAAGAACUGCAGCUCAAAGCUGCCCUCUAUUUUCUUACAAAAGGUGUAGUACAGGUGUUAGAUGUUUUGUAAAAUCAUGUCUAGAUUAGGACAGGAGACUCUGUUUCUGGUGGAAUUCCGCUGUCAAACACACGGUGCCGUUCUCUGCACAGCAGCAAUAGCAGUCAGUAAUCCAUGAGCUGAGAUUCCCAUUAGUUCUGUUGCUUCCCUGCUCUGUCAGAGGAGUGCUGUGGCUACCUCUGCUCACAGCCCCUCAGAAGUGUGUGCACAGCACACAGCUCCGUGCAGACACAUGGGAUCUUUUAAGAAACACAGUGUGCAAAUACCGACUUUUCUUUUUAAGACACUUUCUCCUUUUUGUUUCUUAAAUUUUUGCCUAUGUAAGUUGAACAAAUUUGCAUAACUGUUUAUGAACCAGAUCUCUUUUUGAAUGGUUUCUGUUAAUGUACCCCCUGUAAUUAGGAAAUUAGUGAAAAUACUCCUGAGAAUUCCUCUAUUGGAACUGAUGUCUUGCACCCUGGCAUAUUUCUCUCUUUCUCUCAUAUUUUUUUUUUCUUUCCACCUAGAUUUCAGUUACCAGGGAGAGCAAGGUUUUCUCAGACACCUGCUUUCUCUGCCUGGUAUUUGUUUUACUGGCAUGAGUAAAUGCAGAAUUUUAAAUGAUGAUUUGCCUUGAGAACGCAGUGUAACCAAUUUUUGUUUUUUUUUAACUUCGAAGUUUUCUGAAUAGAAAAGUGUAAACUGAUAAACUGCAGGUGGUGCCUGAGUUGUAACAACCUGUACAAGCCACAACUGUACCUGUGUCCUGGGAUUAAAGAAAAAAACCACAAAACUAUAGUUUAUGUAGUAAAAUGUUUUUAUCUCCAGAAAUGGGGAAGUUACUGCUUUCAGGUAAGAUGUUUGCAAACACCAACAGCCUCUUUCAUAUCUGUAAGUGGACAGACUCAUGCUUCCCCAUGUGCUUGUUCUCUUGUCCUAAGUGACUCUGCCGUUCUCCUACUUCUGCUGGUGCAGGAGGGUUAAGGAGAACAGCUUAGGAAGAUGAGGAAUACUUUAGAGGAUGAGUGGGAACAGUCAGGUUUAUGUGGAGUUGGUUAGUGUUUCAGUUUCUUAGUGAAGAGUCACCGCUGAGUUAGGAGGUUGUUUUGUUUAUUGAAAGAAAAUGAUUUCUUGGUUAUUUUGGCCAAAUAAAAGCUGUUCUUUGAUUAUG